AUGGAACCAACCCCGUUUACAUCCCGUCCUUUCAAGGAGCUUGUGUCUCCGCGUAAGAAACGCAAAAUGUCUCAUUUUAGUGAGAAUGAAAAAAUUAUGAUAAUUAACGUAUUUAAGUACGUAAAAGAAACGUGGCCUUCUGAUAAAUAUGCUUCAAAAGAAGAAAUGAAGGAUAAAACUUCCGAUAUUUUAGGUAUAUCGAAAUCGGCGGUAUACAGAGUAUUAAAAGAAUAUACUAAAACCAACACGGUCGAGCCGGCGGCGACACCGAAGAAGCGAUUAUCAAUCGUAGAUAAGAUAGACGAUUUUGACAUGUCCUGUAUAAGACGAAUUGUGCAUAGUUUUUACCUAAAAGAUGAACUACCAACAGCAAAAAAGUGUUACAUGUUGUGA